GAACAAUCAAUGUGAAAAACAUUUGUGUGUAUUAUUUCAUGUCUUAUAGGGUCACUGAGAUCAAAUAGAUUGUAUUGUUAUAUAAUUGUGCGGAUUAGUCGAAAUGCGUUAUUCGGCACUAUCAACAACAUUUCUUGGGGAGAGUUCGGAAGCAACGAUGAGGCUUUAGUUAUUGAUGCAUUUUUUAAUAUUUGGAAUUUAUAGUUUAUAUAUUAAGUUAUUUGUAAUAUGUAUCAUUCAAGAUUAAUCAAUUUCUUCUAAGUACCAGGUGUAUGGUUACUAUGGAUCCUAAAAAUCAAAAAUCGCCUAGAAAAAUUUUGAGUGAAAAGGUGAAGAAAACUAAAAAGAAACGAAAACACAGAAAACAUUCUGGCAAGUCAGAUGUCAAGGGAAGUGACUGUAGUGUUGAUCAGAGAUUAGAAGUUGAAGGUGUUCAAAUGCUUGAAGACUUCCAGAAUGAUUCCAGUCAAACUGACUCUCCAUCGCCAUCACUUAAAUCAAAGCAAGACAGACUUCUGCUGUCGGCAACAGGCAUUGAACUGGAGCCUCCGCAGGGGAAGACCAAGCAGAAAUCCUCUAGGGGUUCUUCUGAUGGUAGGAACCAGGUGCUGAAGAAAAACAUACAAUUGGUGCCAAUUGACGAACUCACAAAGGAAUCACUGUCUCAAAGAGAGCUGGGGUCUCUCCAGUCUCCAGUAGACAGCAUUGGGAUUGCCACACUGACUUUAAAAAACAAAUCUGGUGCUUCUAGGACUCCCAGAACUAAAGGACAGAACUCCAAUAAAAAUGGUUCUAAAGGUAAAAAAGUUGAUGUGAAGGUCUUGUAUUCUUCGGACGUCAUACUUCCAUUACAUUCAGCAAGUGUAGACAUUCCAAAGAGGAAUGAAAACAUGCGAUGGGAUGGUGCGCUGGAUGACUCUGAUGCCGAACAGGAGAGACUUGAGCAGUAUAAGAUAAACCGACGGAAACGCUAUCUAGCAGCUGCCAGUUCCAAAGGUCUUGGUUGGGUGUUGAAUUACACGUCCAAUGGCUCGCCUGUGUCCGAUUCCGGAAUUGAGUCUUUACGCGAGUCUGUCAUUACGAAUUUGAGUACAGUCCGUUCGCUGAGACCCAGACCCAGUUACAGUCAGCCAAUUCUUCCACAAGUCAGACUCGUGUAGAGUUAAUAAAACUUAUAUUCUUUUAGUUUUAAUAUAACAUCACCAAACCUUGCAAAAUAGACAGAUUAUAUAAUUAUUUAAUUUGAAACAGUUGAUAUGUACAAUCAAAACAGGAUUUCAUGCAUCAUUGGUUACUUCUAUGGUCCAACAUUUAUGAUACUUAAGACUCGUAGAGCUUGCACUCUAGUGCCAUACCAGUGCCAUUCAGUUUUUAUAACCAGUUUAAUCAGUUUUGUUUCUUGAAUGCCGACUUAACAGAGAUAGAAAUUCAUGCCAGACAUUCCUUAAGUUAAUGCAGUGUUUCGUAAAUUUGAAGUGUCAUGAAUGGCUUACUAUGUAAAACUUUUUUAAGUAUAAGAAUCCCUACUCAGUAUACUAACCAGAUGGUCAACGUAUCAAUGUAGACAAUAUAUUACAAAGCCUGAGUCACUGUAGCGGUGUAAGUGUUUUCACAUGACUCUUUAAGACUGAGUUGAUAGACGUAUUUUUAUGAAUCUUAACAAAACCAUUAACACUUUCUAAAUCGUAUCAUUGUACAAGAGAAUCAAAAGGAAUUUUUACAAUAUUGUUACUAGGUCGAUGCUGCUCCCAUGAAUUAUCGUCAGGUGUUUUGCCUUUAGAAAGACUGCCACUUCCAUGAAUCGUUUUCAGGUUUCACUUGUAAGCUAGAGGACUGCCACUUCCCAGGACGGUACAUCCUUCCCAUCAGCCCUUGUGGUCAAAUAAGCACUUCCCCUCCCAAGACUUUUAUAAUUGAAACUGGGAGACAUGAGGUAUUAGGUCAGACAGCUGUUGGAUAUUAUGACUGGUUUAUAAUAGAAAUGACAGUGGGCUGUUAUAAUUGACUGCAGUCUUGUUUUACAUUGACAAAGGUAAAUGUACUACAAAUAUAUAAUAAUAAUAAUAAUCGACCAAGUGAAGUCACAGAAUGAUGUGUUGUGAGGUAGUGCUCAGUUAUAUUGACUUGCGGAUGGACGAACAUGCUUAUGACCACUUUACAUUUUCGAUUGAGGCUGUAACUUUCAUUACAAUGUUUCCUUUGUUUCAAACUGAAUUAUAAAAUGACCACACAGGUGUGCUAUGGAGGUCUAAGGGGGUACAUGUAGGACUUAACAUUUUUUAGGGUAAAUACUGUCCAGCGCAAAUCCCUUCUGCCACCCAAUCCUAGAGAAGUGCCGUCCCAUAUAUGCCUGGAUUGUGAUAACGUUGGAGUCUGAACUUCGUGUUUCGACUCCCAACAUUUGGUGAUGUGUCCUGUUUCUAAAAUGGUCAUACGCAUACUAACAAACAGGUACAUGCUUUUUAAAUCGAGUACAUGUAAUUGGUUAUAAUACAAUUUAUUUUAUUUUUAUUUAGCAUUUUUGCUGUCGAUAAAUUGAUAUUGAAUCUCUUAUUUGUGAGUCUCGUUUUAUUGUGCCAAAUAUUGUGUGCCUUACGCUGAAGCAACAGAUUUUAUGACCAAAAACCACAUUCAAUCAUACACAUACCUCACUUCUUUUUUUUCUUCUUUUUUUAACUACAGAUAUUUUUUUAUUUGUGUGUUUUGUCAUGAUACAUGGUAAUCUGUUGAAAUUAUUUACAGAUGCUACUGCUGAUAAUUAUGAUAUAUAUAACUAAAGUAAAACGAUUUUUUAACAGCAGUUUGUAUAUAUGUUUAGUGCCAUAAAUACUAAUUUCAACAAAACCUGUGUAUAAGUUGCCCACAGGAUCCACUAUAAGCGAUCUUUAUUAGAUGGUUAAUGUGCAUGUAUUUUUAUGCACGAUGGAUGUACGUGUAUGUAUAUAUGCGAAGAGAUCCCCGUAAAAGGUGGUCGUAACAUUAAGAUAACUUUACAAACAUGUAGCCGGUUUAGAAAUAUUAGGAAUGAACAAAUGAGUUUAGAUGCAUUCCAUUUUCUAUUUUCUUAACAUAACACGCACUGUUUGCAGUUCUGUUACUACUAUUCAAGCUUCUUCACGUAUUUCAUCAUAUUCAGUCACGUAUUUAAUCUUUUUCAGCUUUAUAAGCCAUAAAUGUGUCGAUCAUUUUUUGCAAGUAUUUUAAUGUAGUCAGUUGUAUUCACAUAAUGAUUAUUCAUAUUGAUUGUUUUUUGUUAUAAAAAACACUGCAAAUAAUCAGCAAGGUAUACAAAUUUACUCGUUAUUUAUGUAUGUCAACAUACAAUAUAUAUGUUUAUUUUUUAUAUGUCUGUGUAUCAGUUGUAUUUGUUAGGUAAUUCUGUAAUGUGUAUGAGACGUAUUUAUAGGUAUACAUUUUUUUCUGUGUGCGUAUCAUUUAUAUUCAUAUUCAUUCCAUAAUUUAUUUGCUCACUGUGAAAUAUAUAAAAGAAAUAAAUAUCACAUAUUUAUAAAAUAAAUUAUUUGUAAAA